AUGGAUGCAAAAUAUAUAAAUUUACGAUUAAUUUUGGUUAGUGGAAAAACAAAAGAAUUUUUAUUUUCGUCAAGUGUUAGCGCACAAGAAAUCACACAGUUCGUCUUCGAUAACUGGCCUCAAGGUAAGUGUUGUUCCAUGUUUAUUCUCUUUCUUUUUUUUUGA